GCGGUUACUGGUAAAAAGGUCUGCAGCUGGUGGACAGGGAUCGGCUUACGGGACGAGCCUGCCCUUCCCGGUGCUUGGGUUUGAAGUAUAAAAGCAGUGAGAGCUGGUUUUGAAGUGAGUACUGACUGGUGUUUGUGUUUCGGAUGGUGGGUUGAAGACGCGCGGAUGGCAGACAUACGCAAGAAACUGGUGGUGGUCGGGGACGGCGCGUGCGGGAAAACAUGUCUACUAAUCGUUUUCAGCAAAGACGAGUUCCCAGAGGUGUACGUCCCGACCGUGUUCGAGACUUACGUGGCGGACAUUGAAGUAGACAACAAGCAGGUCCAGCUAGCUCUAUGGGACACGGCCGGACAGGAGGACUACGACCGGCUCCGGCCCCUGUCCUACCCGGACACCGACGUCAUCCUGAUGUGCUUCUCCGUGGACAGCCCGGACUCGCUGGAAAACAUCCCGGAAAAGUGGGUUCCCGAAGUCAAACACUUUUGUCCCAACGUGCCCAUAAUAUUAGUGGCCAACAAGAAGGAUCUCCGUAACGACGAGAACGUACGGAACGAACUGUCCCGGUUGAAGCUCGAGCCGGUGAAGGCGGAGGACGGCCGGGCCAUGGCCACGCGCAUCGGUGCUUAUGACUAUCUGGAAUGUUCGGCCAAAACCAAGGAGGGAAUUUGGGAAGUGUUCGAAACUGCAACACGAGCUGCCUUGCAGAAAAGAACAACGCCUUCAGGUAGUUGUUUUAACUGCUGUGUUUUGAUGUGACUUUUAUCGAAAGGUGCGCGUGGGGGAAAAAAGUCGGACGUUGCCGCGUGGACUUCUGGGAAAUGUGUUGUGAACGUGUACGGACAGUGAAAGAGAAGGUUUUGGAUCCGAACUUCAGCUGAUUCACAUCUGGGACUGUUUUCAACACACUGCAUCAUCAUCUGAUAUCUGUGUGUGUGUGUGUGUGUGUGUGUGAGAGAGAGAAAAGCACUGGUUACAGCGUGUUCUUCUGUGGAUCACAUCACAUGAUCCUGGUCUGACUGGUGGAGGGGCAAAAAGGACAAGCUGUUAAAUUUUAUCCUCCACUAAUGUGGUUCUUAUCUUUCUUAUAAACUGUGGCUAUAAGCCUGCUUUUGAGCCAAGUUUUCAUUUGCUCACUUUUUCCUUUUCAAAGUACUUGCAUACGCCUUAAUGCCAAGGUAAUGCUUUGUAAUAGCCUAUACAAAACAGCAAAAUUGCACUCGUUAUUUAUGUCCACUUUGUAUUGUAAAAUGUAUUAAGUUUGGAAAAUUGCACAUUACAUUGACACUACAGUGAAUCACUUCAACUUUUAUUAAAAAAAAAAAAGUACAUUUCAGUGCAAUGGUACCCAUGCUGUAAUGUGCUGUUUUUGUUUUUGGCUGUUUUAGUUUGUUGUGACGUUUUACACCCUUUUUUUUUUUUUUUUUUUUAAUAUAUCUCUUAUGUUUACCGUUAAUGACAUCAGAUGUCUCAGGUUUUUUUGUUUUAGUUUUUAACCCCAUCCAAAAAGCACGGUUUGUUAUUUCACAAUAUUAAGUAUCUGGUCUUUAGGUGUUUGUCUUAUGCAACAGGCCAAAUUCCACAACAGAUCUAACAGACUAUGGAUUGUUCAGUCUUUAAAAACUUGAAAAGGGCUAAGUAUUGUAGAAACAUUUCAAGUGUUAGGGUAGAUCCUCUGUUAUCCUUAAAUGCACAAAGAGUUCACAUGUUUCUAAAAUUGCCUGCUUGGGACUGCAAUAUUUGGGAGGAUAUGUUGAAACAGGGGCUUUUUGAACAUGGAAGGACAAUGUCACUGUAGCCUGUAAAUAAUAUGUACUGAAAAGCAAAUGAAACACAUUAUACAUACUUAAACCAAAUAUGUUAAAGCACAUACUGUAUGCUGAUUUGUGUCUGAAUACUGAAGUCCAAUAUGUUUUAAGCAGGCAACAUUUUUGCCUCAGAAACUCUGAAGACUUUCUGUUAGAUUCACUUUCACUUACAUCAGUGAUAUUUUUAAGACAAGACUGAGCGUGUGACAAUGUUUACUAUGUAAGUGCUUUGUCCUGUGAAACAAAAUUUCCAAGCAAGUCACAAGAUUGCUUGGAUUUUACUGAUGGCAGUAAAAAUUGAAAUAAUGUUAUGUAACUACACCUCAAGAAAUAAGAUAAUUCUUGGUCUAAAAUUGGAAGCAAAUGGUUUAUACCCUGCUACUGUGAUGUAAAAUUUUAAUACAAGAAACACACAAGUAGUAUAUUUUACUGUCUGAAUGUGUAAAAAGUUUGUUUGCAACACUAAAAGAACUAUGAUUAGAUAAAGAAAACACUAAAUACAGAUUUUUUUUAUCUUGACGUCUUCCAUUAUAUAACAAAUAUGAAUGUACGUGACAUUUGUUUAAUCAGAAAUUGCUGAUGGGACCUUGAAGUUAUCAACUGAAAAUCAAUCUGUACAAGUAACUUUCCAUACUUGUGAAAUAAAGACAGCUCAUGUUCAAUCAGUGUUUACCUGAAAGUAUUGUGUAACUGCUCUAUUACACAAAGGAGGGAGUUGUGUUUAAUAUAACAUCUAUGAACGUUAACUACAAACUGUUGCUACGCUGGUAACAGAAGAAACACCUUGAUGGAUUUAUACACGCUAUUUUUUUAACAAAAAGGUUAAGUUUCAAUUUAAACAGGUAUUUCUUCAUAGUAAGCAACCACAGUAAAGUUAAGUCAUUUAGCACAGUAUCUUUUUAAGCUCCAGCCAGAGUUACGAUGGUGUAAAAGUCACAGUCCUCCCUGCCCGCUGUUGCUGGGCAUUUUGCUGACUUACAGGACAGGAAUGCAUUGUGCUUGACUGGUUAAUUUUCUCACUGUUCCCCCCUCAUGUGCCUCUGGUUUGUAAUGUUGCUCAGUUGUUAUUCACUGUUCAGACAGUCCAUCUUUUGUUUUGUUUUGUUUUUUUUUGUUUUUUUUCUUUUAAAAGUUUAAGAAGAAAUGACAAACUAAUGAAAAUGUGCCAAAUUUUUUGUCUAUUGUAUGUUCACAGAAAUGAAAUGAGUGGUACUGUUCUGGAAAGGUCAAUAAAACCAACAAUCAACAUCUGUA